AUGUACUUCUUCAUCUCACAACUGUCCAUCAGUGACAUCAUAUUGAUCACAGAUAUUGUACCCAACAUGCUCCAUAUCCUACUGCAUAAUAGGGCAACCAUUACAUUUGCUGGCUGUAUCACUCAGCUUUUUUUUUUCUGUGCAUCAGAAACAUUUGAGUGUCUUCUUCUCACAGUGAUGUCUUAUGACCGAUGCGUGGCGAUCUGUAAUCCCCUCCGGUACACCUCUAUAAUGACCAGUGAAUAUUCUGUGGAACUGUCUAUCACCUCUUGGUUACUCGGGUUUUCCCUCAUAUUUAUUGAAACCAUAUCAAUAUCAAUGCUGAAAUUUUGUGGGCCAAAAAUCAUAGACCAUUUCUUCUGUGAUCUUCUUCCAUUGCUAGAAAUUCCAUGCUCUGACACCUUUAUUAUCCAGUUUGAAGUCUUCUUACAAAGCAUACCAUCUGUUUUCAUACCAACCAUAAUAAUAAUUUAUUCUUAUGUUAAUAUUGUUCUUAACAUCUUGAGGAUCCAAAUUCAUACUGGUAGACAGAAAGCCUUCUCCACCUGUAGCUCCCACCUCACUGUGGUCUCUAUAUUUUACUGGACUCUGUUCAGUGUGUAUGUCAUUCCAAGAAGAGGGCAAGCAUCGACCAUGAGUAAAGUCCUAUCCCUGCUGUAUACUGUAUUUACUCCUAUGAUUAACCCCAUAAUAUAUAGUUUGAGAAAUAAAGAGAUUAACAAAGCCAUAUAUGACUUAAUCCAUAAAUAUAUUAUCUAA